CAAAAAAACAUCAAAAUAUUUAGUUACAAAAAAUUUGAAUGUAAUUAAAAUCAAUUAGAAUAGUUGCAUCUUGAAAGGUGCAAGAAAUAUAAGUUUAUCAUCUAUUUGGAAUCAUUUAUUUAUUAUUAACGAGUGCAUUUUUUUAUAUUUGUAUCAAAUAGUUGAGAAUUUUUAAUUUUUGCCCUAGUUAAUGUAUUAUAGUUGAAAUAUUAUCAAUUAAAUAUAUAAUUUUUUCCCGUAAUUUAAAACGAAUAGGUAAAAUCAACAGGGUGAAUCGCAGCGAAUCAAUCGAUGAUAAUUAUGCAUUCUAUAAUUUAUAUACAAACUUAGUCUCUAGAUGUACAAACUUUUUGUAGAUGUACAAACUUAGGAAACUUAGUCUCUAGUCUUCAUGUAUUUAAUAUACAUACAUACAUAGAUUUACAAGAUAUUAUAAUUAUUUCAUUUCUAAGAAAGGCCGGGGUUUCAGAUGAUCAUAGAAUUUUUAGAAUUUUAGAAUUUUUUAUGCAGUUUUAGGUGUCAAACCGCAAACGUGUUGAGCGUGUUUAAUAUACUGUUUAGAUAGUCAUAUAUGAACGCUGAGUGUUGUUGUUACCACUUGUUAUUAUUUCAUCAUAUUGUGAUUUGUGUAACACGACACAAACUUGCUGCUUUUUAGUUGGAUCCAAUUAUUAUUCAGUAUAAUCAAGUGUAAAUCAGAAUUUGUCAAAAAAGAAACAGGUAAAUCCAAAAUUUGACAGGAAAGUGUUUUAUUAAAAAAAUUAAAAAUUAAUAUUUUUUUAUCAGGGUUUUUAAGACAAUGUCAACAAUAAUCACAGAGUAUAAAAUGGAAUCACCAUAUCUUGAAGCAAUUCAACAUAUACCCGGCAAGACACCUGGUGAAAAGUAUAAAGCACUAAAUUGCAUUGCCAGAAAGCUUAUUGAUGAUGCAAUGGAAACUAAUGACGAUCGUGUGAAAAGUGUUGAUGUCAAGAGUUCAGCUGAACUUCCAGAGUGUCUUGUGCCUAUUGUUCGUCUUGAGGUAGCUAAAAUUCUUCAUCAACCUGAUGGUAUUGUGAGUGCACUUAAAUCUGAUGAUGCCUUUAUCAAUGAUCGUGCACUCAAAGUCAAGUGGUUUUUCGAUGGCAGCAAUGAGAACAUCACCAACAGCCAAUAUUUUGAUAAGCACAUUUUUCCAUAUGUCUCAUUGACUGUUCGCAUUAAAAUUAUUAAAAACUUGGCGAAAUAUUUGAUGUUGUCCAAUAAACAAGGUAUUGCUGAAAAUUUUUACAUUGAAUUAAAAGAACAAUAUGGUGAAGAAUUAGUGAGACCACUUUGUUUUGCCUGUGGAGACGACUUUAUUCGACUUACUUCUAACGAAUGGAAAAAACCAGUCAGUGUUAGUGAGCUUGAAAUUAUUUAUCCACGUUUUCCGGAUUACGUUUUUUUAUUAUUAAAAACGUCUCCUAAUAAAUACAGUAAAUUUCUACCCAAGUUACUGAAAAAUCAUGCAGACAUUUUUGUUGAUAUUGUCAAAGAAUACAUUUUAGUCAUCAAGUUAAGUAACAAAAAAUGUCAAUUAUUUUUAAAAAAUGCACGAAAUGCUUUCUUGGACAAUCCAAUGUUAUUUGUGCCUUUACUGUCUUUGAAAUUAAUCACAACAAUGCUGAAUAAAUUGGAAUUUCAUCAAUUUUAUAAAAAAAUGUUUCCACAAAAUCAAAAAGAAUUUUGUUUUAUAACACUUUACAAAUAUUUAAAAUACUAUCCUGAAGAAGAAAAAUUAGAUCUUUUAAUUUCAAUAUUUGAGGAACUUUAUGGAAUUAGUUUUAUGGAGUGUGUUAGUUUAAUAUCAUUUCCACUCUUAGUAGAUAAUUAUGCUGAUGUUUUCGUUAAUAUUGUCAAGAGGUUCAAUUUAAACAACAAGUUGAGUAACAAAAAUUGUGAAUCUUUUUUUAACUAUCAACUGAAUCCUUUUUUAAAGAUUAAAACGUUGUCUAUACCUUCUCAGUUUUUAGACUUAAUUACAGAAAAGCUAAAUGAAUUGGAAUUUUAUCAUUUUUUCAAGCAUUUAUUUCCACAAAAUUACAACGAGUUUUGUUUCACAACACUCUACAAAUACUUAAAAUACUAUCCUGAAGAAGAAAAAUUAAAUCUUUUAAUCUCAAUAUUUGAGGAACUUUAUGGAAUAAGUUUUCUGGAGUGUGUUGGUUUAAUAUCAUUUCCACAGCUCUUAGUAGAUAAUUAUGCUGAUGUUUUCGUUGAUAUUGUCAAAAGGUUCAAUUUGAACAACAAGUUAAGUAACAAAAAUUGUGAAUCUUUUUUUAACUAUCAACUGAAGACUAAAAGGCUGUCUAUACCUUUGAAGUUUUCAAAAUUAAUUACAGAAAAGCUAAAUAAAUUGGAAUUUUACCAUUUUUUUAAGCAUUUAUUCCCAAAAAAUUAUAAAGAAUUUUGUUUUACAACACUUUACAAAUAUUUAAAAUACUAUCCUCAAGAUGAAAAAUUAAAUCUUUUAAUGUCAACAUUUAAUGAUCUUUAUGGAAUAAGUUUGUUGGAGUGUACCGAUUUGAUAUCACCAGAUCUUUUACGAUUGUUAAAACCUGAAGAGAGAAUUAGAAUUGCUAGAAAAGAAAUCGAAAAAGAUGAUACAACAGGGGACAUUGAAUAUUCGUGGAUAUGUUAUUUGCCAACAAAUGAGUCGAUUCCAUUAAUAAAAGAAAAAAUAUCAAAAGAAUCAGUUAUUAAUAAUCGCAGUGAAUAUUUACAAGAGCUCAUAUACACAUGCAGUAUCAACAAGGAUAACGAUGCUCUCCUCAAUGUGUUGGAAUACAUAUUCAUGCAACAUAAAAAUGAACAAAAUCCAGUAAUUCCAAAUGUUUUAAACAGACUGUGUACUGAUUUUGAUGUUAAAAAUUUACCAAAAGAACAUUUAAUUAUUGUUGAUCAAUUUGUGAUGUUUUUACAUGUUAAAAAUAAGAUAACAAAUUAUCUUAUAAUUGCAAGCUUAAUUAGUGAUUUAAUUUUCACAAAAUUAAAACACAAUGAAGAGUUUCAUAAAUACAUUGAACUUUAUAUUGAUCUCAAUAGUGAAAGAGAGUGGGAGUACAUAAAAUGGAACAUUCUUCAAAAUAAUCCUGAUUACGAAAGAAAGUGUAUGGUCGAACUUAUAACCCAAAUGUGCAUGCAUAAAAAUGGUCAUGCAGCUGUCAACAGCUUGCUGAGUAGUAUGUAUGAUUUUAAUGGAAGAAAUGCCAAGGCUAAAGUUCCAUUAGAAAAAUUAAGUAUAACGAAUUAUCCGAUAUUGUAUGAAGCUGUAAAACGUAUAGUAACACGAGAUCGUCAAACAGUGAAUAACUGGUGGAGUAUUAGAACUGAUGAACUAUUAGAAAAAGGAGAAAAAGAUAUUUUUCUCGCCUGGUAUGAUAAACCAAAGUCACCUGAAAAAUUCGAAUUUCACAAUUCCAAUGUCAUAAAAUUAUUGCAGAAAUCACCAGAAAAAAUUAUAGAAAACUGGGAUGAAUAUCUUAAAUUAUGUAAGAGUAAAAUCACCUCACGUAAUCUUGCUCGUCGAUUCCUUCGUUAUAGUAGAUGGCAUCAAGAUUUACCUAUCAUGUUUGCAAAUCAAUGUUUGAAAGAAUUAGAAAUUAAAGAAAAUGUUGAUAUUCAUAAGAAUCUUCAUAUUCUUGCAGUUUUAUAUGAGGGUUCAUCGUAUGAAAAAUUAUUUACACCUUUUAUACCAGAAUCUAAAACACUUGAUUUGACAAACAGCAAAACAAAAAGUGAAUAUAAAUUAAACUGUUCAAUUUUAUGGUCAUUGAACAUUGUUAAUCCACCAGUAUCAUUUUCACCAAUCUUUGAAUUUUGUCAAGGAGAUUAUGUUCACAAAGCUGUCAAUACGUUGGAUAACGUUGGUCGUCGUGUGCCUGUUGAAAAAGUUAUAGAAUUCUCAAAAACUCUUGUCAAUCAAAAAGUAUUUGUUAAAAAACAUGGUAUUAGAUUAUUUUAUCAAGUAGCCAGUCAUGAUCAAAUUCGAGAAACGAUGUCGUAUCUUUGGAAGCAAGAAACACAUUUAUCAAUUCGCGAAGUUUUGUAUCAAAACAUUUCCAAACUGUUCAUUGAUGCACCAUCCUUACAAAGUUGGAGCAUGAUACAAACUUGCAUGGAUGAAGUCACGACUGAAGAUCACUUUUGGAAUCGUAUCUUUGACAUUUCUGAGGUUCCUGAUGAUUUUUACGAACGUUACAUUUCAAAAUUGCUUGAGACAAUCAAGAGAAUCAAAGAAACAAAAAAUGAUUUUGGACCUUCACAAAGUCACGGAUAUGUAAGUUAUAUCUUAAACAGCAGUUCACGCAGAUCAUAUCUAUUUUCAGAAGAAUUUCACCAGCAUAUUAUCAAAAAUUAUUUUGCUGAUUUUUCAAGACUAGAAUAUUUGUUGUCUGAUAGUUGUCAGAAUUAUAUUAUCAAAGAAUACAUUGUCAAGUCAGGUGAUAAACUCGAGUCAAGAUUAGCUUUUCUAACUGAUCUUAUUCUAGAAAUUGUUAAAACAUCCUGGAACGUUCCUUUUGCAUUUAAGACAAACUCACUUCCAGCGAACUAUCUAAUUUACAAACUGAUUUCAUGUAUUUGUAAUAUGAAUUGUAAUAAUAUCAAAAUAAGAACUGCUGAAGUUGUGCUUGAUGCUUUGUUGACAGUGUUAAAACCUGAUCAAUUAGGAACUUCUUACUUGGAUUUAGUUUACAUUGGUAUUCUCGAUAAUGAUUACACUGUUGAUCAAAUGACGCAUAAACUUGUCCAGCUUAUACCAUCCCUGGUGGAAAUAUAUUCCACUAAGUUAAUGUCUACAAUUGUUCAGCACUUUGAACAGCCAUUGAAUAUAUUUUUAUCCAAUAAAAAAAAUACUCAUUUAUUCGAUAUUAUUGGGAAACUCGUUUUGAGUGAUGAUAAAAAUGUUCUUCUUUUUACAAAUACAUUAUUAUUGCAAUCCAUUAUUUCUAAUGAUAAAAGACGAUAUUCAAUAAUGAUUGAUACAUUGCAAAUAAAUUCAGAAGAAUUACAUCAAUUCAUCAUUAAACACUAUUUCGCUAAUUUUUCAAAAUCACAGAUUUUGUUGUCUAAUCACUUUCAAAAUUAUAUUAUAAAUCAGUACAUUACCAGGGCAAGCGAUAAGCUUGAGUCAAGAUUGGUGUUUUUGAGUGAUGUUAUUUACGAAAUUGUUAAAACAUCUUGGAAUAUUCUUUGCGCAUCCAACAUGAACUCGCCGACAAUCAACUCUUUAAUUUAUGAAUUGAUUUUCCGCAUUUGUGAUAUGAAUUGUGAUCAUAUUAAAAUACGAACUGCAAAGGUUUUACUUGACACUUUGUUGACAGUGUUAAAACCUGUACAAUUAGGAACUUUCUAUUUAGAUUUGGUUUACAUUGGUAUUCUUGAUAAUGAAUACACUGUUGAUCAAAUGAUACAUAAACUUGUCGAGCUUAUUCCAUCACUGGUUAUUAUAUAUUCCAGUAAGUCAAUGACUCAAAUUGUCCAACACUUCAAAAAGCCGUUACAUAUGUUUUUAAAAAAUAAAGAAAAUACUAGUGCAAUAGAUGUUAUCGAUAAACUCAUUAGGAUUAAUGACGAAGAUGUUCAUCUUUUUACGAGUACAUUAGUAUCUGAAUCAACUGUUUUUAAUCAAAAUGAUCGAUAUCCAAUUACUAUUGAUACAUUGGAAAUAAAUUCAGAAGAAUUACAUCAAUUUAUUAUCAGACACUAUUUUUCGAAUUUUUUCAAAACAGAUUAUUUGUUGUAUAAUAGCAUUUGGAAUUAUAUUAUGUCUAUAUACAUUGCCAGGGCAGGUGAUAAGCUCGAGUCAAGAUUAUUAUUUUUAACUGAUGGUAUUUUAAAAAUUGUCACAUCAUCUUGGAACGAUCUUCCUGCAUAUAGUAUGAAUAAGUAUUGUAAAAACUUACUUCCAGUAGAUACUUUGAUUGAGAGAUUGUUUUCAUUUAUUUUUCGUAUGAAAUGUGAUCAUGUUAAAAUACGAAGUGCAAAAGUUGUGCUUGAUACUUUCUUAACAGUGUUAAAACCUGAACAAUUGGGAACUUCCUAUCUGGAUUUAGUUUACAUUGGUAUCCUUGAUAAUAAAUACACUGUUGAUCAAAUGAUACAUCAACUUGUUCAGCUUAUUCCAUCACUGGUUAUAUAUUCUAGUGAGUCAAUGACUAAAAUUGUUGAACACUUCAAAGUGCCUUUGAACGUAUUUUUAUACAAUAAAGGAAACACUAAUGUAAUGGAUAUUAUUGAGAAACUUGUAUUAUAUGAUGAUGAAAAUGUUCUUCUUUUUGCAAAAACAUUAUUAUUUCAUUCAACUUUUUACGAUGAAGAAAAACGAUAUUCAAUAAUCAUAAAUAAAUUAAAAAUGUGUAAAUAUCCAGCUGUUGUGAUUCCUAUCAUUGAUGAAUUGAAUAAUCAUCGUUGAUCUCACACUUGCCAUGACGGAUCAGAAUGAAAAAAGAA